AACGCAGAGGGAGGCUGCUUGAGGGCAGUGUUGCCGUGAAAGGGGUCCCCCGUGCAAGGAAACAGGUCCGGGUCCCUUCUUGGCAGACGUUGGCUGCAGGCAGUACAGGCGGAGCUGCUUCGCGUGGCACUCGGGCCGCUUUGAAGCGGGGGAAAGGAGGUUUUUUUAUGCAAAAUUUUCAUCGCAGAAGCUUUUCACUGUUUAUGAAGAUCUAAAGGGAAAAAUUAGGGAAUUCUGUUGCAGCCGACUUGAUGAAAGCCUCACUUGUUGCUUACGAAGAUUCAGACUCUGAGACAGAGGAUGGGGAAUCUGAAGAUGCCACUGCCAGUGGAAUAAAUGUUACAAAUUUUGCUAUGACUGCUGCUCAGCCUUGUGAUGGGACAGUCAAAAUUCCUGAUAGCACAUUCCAACCUGUGGAAUACAUUGGCAGUUCCAGGAGUAACAUGUUUCAUGAAGAUACUCUUCUCCGGCACCUAAAACCUAAUAAAAACUAUAUGGCAACCACACUUCUUAAGAAAAUACAGCCUGAUACACCUAGACUAUUUUCUGCAAAUGACAGUUGCUCUCAGAAGAGGCCCUGUGAUUACAGCGAAGAUACUAUACAAGGGCUGAGACCAUAUAUCCCUAAAAGACUGCGGCAGGAAAAAAAUCCACUUCUUUGUGAAGCUGAAGACAGUGGCCAGAGCACAAGUUGUGUAGCCAAACCUGAUACAGCAGGAGAACAGAUAUCCUUUAAUACUUCCCAAUAUAUUAUGCCAUACAUAGGUUCUAAGUAUGGGAUAACUGAAAUUCCUAGGAACCUGGUAUUUCAGAUGUCUGAUCACAGCGGUCCAGUUAAUGUGGUCCAGUGGUGCCCUGUGCAGAAGUGGAGCCACAUGUUGCUCUCUGCAUCUAUGGAUAAAACUGUCAAGGUUUGGGAUGCUGUGGAUCGGGGCCGUUGCUUGAAAACAUACCUUUGCCACACCUGUGCCGUUCGAGCUGCCCAGUGGACCCCCUGUGGGAGAGGUGUUCUCAGCGGAGGGUUUGAUUCUAUGCUUCAUUUAACCGAUAUUGAAACAGGAGCACAGACUUUUAGCAGUAGGACUGACUUUCGAAUUAGCACCUUGAAGUUUCACCCUCUUGAUCCAAAUGUAUGUAUCUGUGGAGGAUUCAGUCCAGAGGUCAAGGCCUGGGAUAUCAGGUCUUCCAAGGUAAUAAAAGUUUACAAAGCUGCGGUACAGCAAACCUUAGAUAUCAUGUUCCUCCCUGAAGGGAAAGAAUUUCUUACCAGCACUGAUGCAGUAAGCCAAGAUUCAGCUGACCGUACCAUCAUUGCCUGGGAUUUCCACACAGCUGCAAAGAUCUCCAAUCAAAUCUACCAUAUGGAAGGCUGCGUGCACUCCCAAUACACUGAAAAGUCAAUUUCCACUUUCAUCGAGGGUAAACACCAUUCAUUGAGCCAAAACAACUUCCAUGGUUUGCCUUUCUUUCUCUCUUUUCUAAAACAGCUGACUUUUGCAUCUGAGCCUCCUGUCCAUUCUACACUGGAACAAAUGACCUGAUCCAUCCUUUAUAUAGGAUAAGGCUGUCAAUGGCUACCAGCCAUGAUGUCUAGAUAGAUAGAUGAUAUAUAUGGAUUAUUUAUGGAUUUUUUUAUUGAUACACCAGGAGAAGUGGUUAAUUCAAUUGAAACACUAAGUGUCUGGGUCCAGAUCGUUUAAGAGCUGGUAUGGUAAAAACCUCAGACAAAAACAGUUCAGGUAUUACAUAUGGAAGGAAUGGCUUAGUUUAAACGUGGUGAAUCUCUUUCACUGUUGCGGCUUCCUAAAAACUGGCUCCGGGGAGGAAUCUGUGGAAAUAAGCGAUGCUCAUGUUGGUGGCCAUAUUUUAACUAUGUGCUGUGUGAAGAAGUUACUCCUUGAACUUCUGCAAAUGUUGCAUUACUUCUAGGUUGCUGAUACCUCCCUCUUGUGCAUAGGAGUCAACUCCUAGGAGCCAACCCCACCCAUAAAAUAUUUGAGGAAGUUGAUGGGCAUUGCCAUUCAAAUGGUGUGCAUGUGCAAGCAAUCAUGUGAUUGCUUAUGCUGGGCAGGGCUUACCUGCCCCUCCCCCCAAUAUUUAAUUCAAGUUGACACCCCUUCUCAUGUGUAUGGGGGCUGAUCAUAUGUCACAGCCUGAGUACCACAAUGAGAAGGAAUGAAAAUUACUGAGGAGGUCACGGGAGAUCUGCAAAAUAUAUUGAAAAGCAUUGAAAGUACUCAAUUAAUUGAGGUUCUCCCCCUCAGCAGAAGCCUGCCCCCCAAACAAAUCCUGCCCACGCCCAUGGUCCUCCAUGGUCAUAUGGAUUUCCUUCCUCCACACUCCUGUUGGAUAAAUGCAGAACAAUUUCCACCAAAUUAGCACCUGGAAAGAUCUGCCUUUUGUCUUUACGCACUAUCACGUGGAGAAAUUGGGAAAGAUGGUCACAAAAGUUGAUGUCACACUCCAGCGUGAGCAAGUGGUCAAAGGAAACGAGGCUGGCACUGGGAUGUCCUGAAAGGGCUGCUUGAGUCCUGUUUUGCAGGAGCGCAACUUUCUUUUAAGAAGCACUUCUCAUUUCCUCCAUCAACAUUUGCUGCUUUCGUCGUUAAAAGGGAAUAAUUUGCAACACGUGUCCCGUCUCCCUGAAGCGACACGAUCGUCAGUCGUACAAAUUACUCCGAUACGGCUGUGCAGCAAAGCGAGCAGAGCAAAUUGUAUGCAGGGUUGAUUUUUGCUGCCGCUAAAUCAUAUCACAGAAAUGAUUUCUGAUUGUUCUGACACAUGUGGGAUUUCUUUGUGCGUUUUCGUAGCAUCAACUAAAUAAAUACUGCGCGGUUCAUUUCUAACGUAAAUUUAUUACUUGUUGUAGGGUUGGAUCAAAUUCCUCGACUCAGUUUGUAGGUGGUGAAAUCAGGGGUUGGAGGAUUUUGCUCUGGGAGAGUGUAGUUUCGUAAACAGGACAUAAACACACACCCCAGCAAAUACCCAGAAAUUUGUCUUCUGGUUAUUAUUUUCUGCUCAAAACUCUAUUGCUUGUUCAUACAGGCAGAUGAAGGAAGCAGUGGGGAGGAGUAGGGCACAGAUACUACUGUCAACAAUAUGUAAAUUGGGUUGGAUCCACAUUUGCACCCAGGUUUUCCACUGUGUUGUCGGGUAGAAGGUGCCUUUCUCCAACAGUUCAGCUGGGGGAAAGGGCAGAAAAGAAAACCCUCGGAGAGUUUGUCAGAAAAUCAUUUUCAGGUUUCCUUUUUCCAUUUAGCUCUGCUCACGUUUAUUUAGUAGCCGUCACCAUGCACGGCAUUCCACAGAAGACAGGCCCCUGCCCUGAGGAGCUUACAAUAGAAAAUUAGAUGCAGGUGAAACAGAAGAAGGGCUGGGGAAGUGGACCUGCGUCAAAACAAGGAAAGAUCGUAGAUAGCUCAGUCGGUAGAGCGUGAGAUUCUUGGUUCAAGCCCCACAUUGGGCAAAAGAUUCCUGCAUUGCUGGGGGUUGGACUAGAUGACCCUCGGGAUCCCUUCCAACUCUGCAAUAUCACGAUUCUAUGAUUAUGUGGUUUGUUCUGCUCAGGCUCGAUUAUAGGCCUGGUACAAUUUUGGAACUAGAACUUGGAGCCAAGGCUUUAUCCUUCUGCCGUUCUUCCCAAUUC